UACAAUGAUAAAAUCAAGAAAAAGGUUUUCAAAAAAAAUAUUGAGACUAAGAAUGACUUAGAUAACUUGGUCGCUAGACUGAGAAGAAGUGAAAUCAGGUGCUAAUUUGUUCAGUGUUUUGAGUGUUCAGUGCAGGCAAUCAAUCUAGGUCAGAGGAUGUUUUGAUAGCAUUAUUAUUAUCUUUGAUGAUAAAAGUUGGUUGAACCUAAGCCCAAACAAAAUUUGCAAAUUGACUUGAAGUUCAAGUUUAUUUUGUGGCACCAUGUUGCUUGAUACUCAGCUUCACCAAAUGACCAAGAAAUCAUAUGCUUCAAAUCACCAACUAGGGGAGAACCUGUGAUAAGGAUGAUCCAAAUGGUGUAAUUUCAUGCAUCGUAAUAUUUUUUGAGGCAGUAUCAAAUAGAAGUUGAUAGAACUCAGAAGGGUAUAUGCAUAUCUAACAAUGAAUUUAUAUUCCUUGAAGAUAGCCAUGAACAGUUCUACAUUGUGUAACUGGAAUGUGCUUCUGGAUGAAGGAAUUGGCAAAUAUGGUUGUAGAUCACCACCUCCUCCAGGAAAGUGAUGAUAUUUUGCCUCUUUCUAUUCUUGGUAUGGAAUUUAGUUAUUGAUCCAUUCCAUUGGGUUAUUGAACCAUUGACUGAUUUAUUUUUCCCUUCUUGGGAAGUUGAAAGAUGAGCUGUAACUCAUUCUCUUUCAGUGCUCAUGUCAAAUUGUUCCAGGAUCUGUAUGAGUAGAAAUGCCAUCUGGUUUAACAUGACAGGAGUUGGUCAUCUCUUUAUGUGAUUUUAUUUUUUAUUUUGAUGUGUUUCAACUCUGAAAUUUUGAAAUAAUGGAAAAAUAUGUUUUAGAUAUAUAGAUGUGCAUAGUCUCUGGACUAUGGCUGUUGGUGACAGUGUGCAUGUUACAUUUGAUUUAAGAUGACACAAUUAUUUUUAACCAAUUUUUUUGUUCAUUCAAGAUGUAUCUGUAUGUGAUCUUAAAUCAAUCACAAGUUGUCUGGUCAAAAAGAAAAGGUUUCUGUAGCAUAUCUUAAACUUUUUUUAGCCUUCUGUGAUGUUGUUGUGGAUCUGUCCUUAGCACUGGCAAAAGUUGUAUUGUCAGCCAACUAGCAGAGAGAUAUAGCAGGUCAUGCUAUAACAUUUGUUUGCCAGGGAUGCUUAUUGUCUAUUGCUGUGAAGAGUUGAUUUUUUUUCUCAUUCAGUAAAAGAAAUUAUUAUUCUUUAAAGAUUUAAACAAUUAAAGGCUGCUUUUUGAACAAUAAGGAGUUUUAAAUUGAUGCCGACAAUGCAUAUUUGUAUUUAUACAAUGGCCAACAAUCUUCCGUGAUAAUGCUUCUUGAAACAUUCAGGGUCUCUUUUCCUAUCAUUUUUAUGCUUGUGUGUUGUAGCGCAGUUGAAUGUGUUAUUGCAAUCUAGAAUUCAAAUGCUGAAUCUGCGAUCUUUGAUAUUUGUUUUUUUUUUUUUUUUGUAGAUUUUGUUAUGCUGUCCUGAUCCAAGUCUAUGUCUUCCAUGGGGCAUAGGCACUUGAUUAAUCAAUCCCAAAUGUCUGAAUUGGAUUCUGGCCAAAGCUGGAAUCAUCCAUGCCCAGAUCCUCACCCGAACUUGGAAAAUGGUUCUUUCGUCCAUUCUUCAGAGAAUGUAGCAGUCAAUGGGUUAAAUUCAGUGGCUUAUUUUAACACGACUCUCAGAUCAAAUGGUCCUCCAUUGUCUACUUUCACUUCAGAGAUUCCAAAUUACAUGGCAAUUGGAACCUCAAAUGAUCUCUACCUGCGUACUCCAUCUGCUGCGAGCUCUAGUCAGCCUCCACCAAGUUAUGUCCAGCAUGGACCUCCUUUCUUUGACCAACGUGCAACUGGGGAUGCGGGCAGCAUAGUUAAUCCUCAAAUGGACUAUGGAAGAGCAUCACAUAAAAGAAAGAUCCCAGAACUCUCAAUAGUUUCUGACAGAGGGAACACCAGCAGAUAUUAUAGUUCUGGUAGUGCUUCCAAUCUUCCCAUUUCAAAUGAGCAAGUACAGCGAAAGCCUUUAUCAGGUCCUCAUUGUUGGCCUUGCAAUCCUGUUAGCGUAGUUCCCAGUUAUGGAAGCAGUAAUGUCUUUUCUUCUGGAGAAGGAUCUCAGAGGAAUGUCCGAACCCGACAUAAUCAUGGCUUUCAUGUGGAAACUGUCCCAUUUGGGGUCCAUGCAUCUAACAAUGUACCUGAACAUUUUCAUUCAGCAGCAGAUACUCCUGGUCUGAGUGUAGUAGGGCAAUGGAGCCAAAAUUCUGUAUCUAUGGAUCCCCAAAGAAUGGUUCUAUCUUCAGAUGUUGGUUCCUUCAAUCAUGAGAUAAAUCAGUCCCUUGCAGGCAGCAGUGUCACCAAUAACAGUAAAGAGAUUGAUGGGGGGUACCACUCCAAUUUCAUUGCAAGUGGAAGUUCAAGUACUACUCUACCAAGUCUUCAGGGUCCUCCCACACGAGGCCCAGGGCUGGCUCGUAGUAACCAUGGUCCAAGAACUUAUAGGGCCAUUGCAAGCUACCCAUCUGUUGGUUUUGCAGUCAAUUCGGAAGAUGGCGGGCGGCCCGGAAUGGAAACUGUUAUGCCUCCCAGGCAGCCAAGGCCACUGACUACUAUAGGGUGUAAUGGUGAGAGGAAUGGAAGGGCAAGGAAUUUCUACGAUAGAUUCCAGUCAUUCUCAGAUGAAGACAAUAAUCGCAGUAGAUGGAUUUCUGAGGGUGUAGCUAUAAUGGACCGGUCAACCUUCUAUGAUUCUAGGAAUUUCUUUGAUCAGCACCAUGACAUGAGACUAGACGUUGAUAACAUGAGCUAUGAGGAGCUGCUUUCACUGGGAGAAAGAAUUGGAAUUGUCAGCACAGGCUUAUCUCAAGAUGCCAUCUCAAGAUGUUUGAUGGAGUCAUUGUACUGUUCUUCCAAGCAGAAUGAGGAUGACGAGGAAGAAUUAAAGUGUCCAAUAUGCUUGGAAGAGUACGGAAAUAAAGAAAGUCUUGGGAGACUGAACUGUGGACAUGAUUUCCAUGCCGGCUGCAUUAAGCAAUGGUUGCUGAUAAAGAAUGUCUGCCCAAUCUGCAAAGCCUCGGCCUUGGAAGAUACUUUGAAGGACAAAUAAAUUGUUCCUCCAUAAUUAUGAUGUUUUAGAUAGGUCUAAUCAAUCUGCUCAUUUGUAAAUUGACUUUUUCAAAUGGAGGACAUGUUCCCAGGUUGGAAAUAAAGCAUUUCUUCAGUGUAA